AUGAGUUUUUUGGGUAAUCUACAGAGACAUGAUAAUUCAAAAUGGAAGAAGACUUCUGCUGGGACGUUGAAUUUAGAUAAAAGAAGUAAUGUCAUCGUGGAAGCACCAAAUGUCCCACGGCUGAAUAUGAAUCAUGGAUUUAUCAAAAGUAUUGUGAGAAAUCAAAUUGAUAGGGAUGAAUAUGAUAAAUUGGUAUCAGAUAAAAGCGUCACAUCAUCGUUUCGCCAUCUAGAGAGGCCUAGGAAAACAUGUGAUCCGCUAUUGUUGUAUAUACCUCCUCAUCUACGUACUAUUAAUAGGAAAAUCACGAAAAAUGAAGAAAAUUCUCAUAUCAAUGACGAGAAGGAAGAAUUGCGUAAAAAAGUUAGACGACGUCUAAUAGAACAGAUGGCAAAAGAAGGGCAUGAAAGGUUACAAGUGGCCACAGAAACGAUAAUUCCCACUCAUACUUUAUUAAAACGAAACAUAGACACAAGAAGACGUCCAGAUCCUGCUACUGCAGCACCAUCACGAAAUGAACCGCUUUUCAAGCUUAAUGUUCGCGGUCAAGACGGUAAUCCAGUGGAGCAAAUUAUACACGCGAAUGAUAACAGCGCACGUAUUGCCAAAGCUUUAACAAGACAACUGGAGCUUACUGAUGACCAGUGCCGUUUGUUGCGAAAUCGAAUUCAAGAAGAAUUGGAAAAACGUUUGGCAACUUAA